AUGUCGUCGCAGCUUAUAACACCUAUUGAAGAUGUUUUUGAACAGGGCCUCACGAACCCCGCAACAUCCCCAAAAUUAAUAUCAACCCCACCAUCAAGCUCGACCUUCACACUUUCCUUCAACCUCUCAAGUCCGCGACCUUCAUCACCGACUUCCUCAAUCUUUUCUUCUAGCUCACAAGAUACCAUGUCGACAUCUAGCUCCAUGCCAGGCUUGGCACGAGACAACACCGCGGAAAUCGCAGAACGGGAUUACUUUUCGGAAAAUCCUCCACCAGCGACCCUUGAAAAGCAUACCGCUCUUGCGGAAGAAUUCAUCAAUUCCCACGCCGCUGCUGGCAGACGUGUGGUGUUGGUCACAUCAGGAGGAACGACUGUUCCAUUAGAGCGACAGACGGUGCGAUUUAUAGACAAUUUUAGUGCUGGCACGCGUGGGGCUACUUCUGCUGAAUAUUUCCUGGAAUCAGGCUACGCGGUUAUCUUUCUCCAUCGUCAAUUUAGUCUUCAACCAUAUUCACGCCAUUAUAGUCAUGCCACGGAUUGUUUUCUCGAUUUCCUUCACGAAGGUCCUGAUGGAAGUGUGGUCGCAAAUGAUGAAUACCGCGAGAAGAUGUUGAAGGUCCUUAGACAGUAUAAUGCGGCCAAGUCGAAGAAUCUGCUCUUGACAUUACCAUUUACGACAAUCACAGAUUAUUUAUUCAUACUUCGAGCGAUUGCGCAACUCAUGCGUCCGUUGGGUCCUCGCGGGUUAUUAUAUUUGGCUGCAGCUGUAUCGGAUUUCUUCGUACCUCCAGAACGUAUGGUGGAACACAAAAUACAGUCUACAAAUGCAACGGAUACGAAUACACCUGAAAAGGGAAGCGAAGAUAAGGGAAACGGAGAGGAUGAGGAAGCUUUUGAUAAUUUUGAUUCCUCUCCAGCGGUACCACGGAGCAAGCGUCUAAUUGUCGAUUUGGAUCCUGUACCUAAGUUCCUCAAAAAUCUUGUGGAUGGCUGGGCUCCUGAAGGCAUGAUUGUUUCUUUCAAGCUUGAAACCGAUCCGGCAAUUUUGGUUCACAAGGCAAAAUACUCCUUGGACCGCUACCAACAUCACUUGGUCAUCGGCAAUUUACUUGCUACUAGAAAAUGGGAAGUGGUUUUCGUAGCGCCCGGUAGCAAAGAUCAAUGGAUCAGAGUUCCUAGGAGCAAGAGAAAGAGAACCAUCAGUGGUGUAGAAGAUCUAGUAGGUGCUGCAGCGAGGGGAGGGGAGAUUGGCGAUGAGCCUCUUGAUCCAAAUGAGCUACCUGAUGGGGAACCUGAGAUUGAGAUUGAAAGUUUGAUCAUUCCUGCCGUGGAAGCAUUACACACAUCUCAUAUCAAUACCCCUAACAAACGGGAGAGGUAA